AUGCGAAGUGGGUGCGGGUCGCGGCGCGCCGGCCGGGCCAGCGAGUCACUCUCAACAUGGGUAGAAGUUAAGAUAAACGACGACGUCAAAGUUGGCGGCACCAACCAGUGCUUCAUCAUUGCGGAAGUCGGACAGAACCACCAAGGCGACAUCGAAAUAGCAAAAAAGUUAAUAAAAGCCGCUAAGGAUGCAGGUGCCAACUGUGUCAAGUUUCAAAAGACAUGUCUCAAAGAGAAAUUCACAAAGAAAUACUUAGAACGACCGUAUGACAAUCCCAAUUCUUGGGGUAAAACGUAUGGCGAUCAUAAGAGACAUUUGGAGUUCUCUGAGAGUCAAUAUAGGGAGUUGUUCAAAUAUGCGCACGAGGUCGGAAUCCUGUGCACGGCUUCGGCUAUGGACAUGGUUUCUUUCGACUUCUUAGUAAACAUGAAAGCACCAUUCAUCAAAAUUGGAUCAGGAGACUCCAAUAACUUGCUCUUCUUGAAAUACGCUGCAUCGAAGAAGGUUCCUCUCAUCAUCUCUACAGGGAUGGUCGACAAGACAGCUGUUAAAACAAUUUACGAUAUAAUAUCAGCUCAGCAUAAGAACUUCUGUUUAUUGCACUGCAUAUCAGCUUACCCUGUGCCUUACGAGGACUGCAAUCUGACUGUGAUCCAGGACUAUAUGAACACGUUCGACAUCCCUAUUGGAUACUCCGGGCAGGAGCAGGGCACUGCCGUUGCGUUAGGUGCCGUCGCUUUGGGAGCUAAGGUGUUAGAAAAGCACAUAACUUUGGAGAAGACGAUGAAAGGUACAGACCACGUGUGCUCGCUCACCCCGACAGAGUUCCAGCAGUUAGUGCGUGAUGUACGCGUCAUAGAGAACGCGCUCGGCACGCCCAUCAAGAAGGUCGUCACUUCAGAGAUCCCUUGCAUCGACAAGCUCCCAAAAUCCCUUGUGAUGGGCUGCACUAAGAACAAGGGUGAGAUCCUGUACCCCGGCGACGUGAAGAUUAAAGUAGCUGAGCAAGGAUUGAACGCGCUUCACUUCGAGGAGGUCAUCUACAAGACGCUAGUGUACGACAAGAAGGAGGACGAACCACUUAACAGCGGAGACUUCUGCUAACAGAUGCUCAAAGUACAUUACAACACAAAUAUGACCAACAAAUCUAACAUAACAUAUCACUAUAUUUUAGAUAAGUACUUAUAUUUCUGUACUACUUUGAUCACAUCUAAGCAACAAAUGUAUCUAUAAGCAUAAUGUAUCUAUUACUUUUAAGAAAAACACAAAUAUAC